CCUCUUGGCUGCAGGAGUUGGUGGCCACACUAGGAUCUACCCUUGCAGGUCGCCCUGCUGGCCUCAAGCUGGCGUGUUGGCUCCCAAGGUAAGGGGGCAGCGGCUAGAGGAUGGCCUCUCCUUCCAAACAGGGCUCCCCUGGUGGGGCUGGGUUGCUACAAGGGAGCAGGACCCGGUCGUACGGCAGUCUCGUGAAAACAGUUACCUCGCCGGCGCGGGAGAGGCGGGUUGAACAUCGCCUGGAGCCCGGGGACACCCUCCAGGGGUUGGCAGUCAAGUAUGGGGUCACGACGGAGCAGAUCAAGAGGGCCAACCGGCUUUACACCAACGACUCCAUCUUCCUCAAAAAGACUCUCUACAUCCCAGUGCCGGUUGAACCCAAGGCAUUGUUGUCCAACGGAUUAAAUCUUGACGAGGAAGAGGGGGAGGAGGAGGGGAAGGUGAGAGAAGAGGCAGGAGCUGGUCAUCCCGAGGCCAGCAAGAAGCAGAAGCAGCCACGGAAGAACAGGGCCUCACUGGGCUCAGCCCCCAAGCACGAUCUCACUGCUGCCGACUUCCUCUUCAAACUGGACUCUGAGAUCCGCCGCUCCAAGCAGGCUGCCACAAAGAAGUUGCGGGAGGGGGGCAGCGUGGUUUCUGGAGACGAACCAGGACCCAGCCACGUGCCCGCCUCCUCUUCCUCCUCCUCCUCCUCCUCCUCCUAUCAGAAUGAGCCUUCUCUGUGUGCCCAGCAGCGUGCCGUCCUGGGCCCCGUGCCGCUCACCAAAAUUGCCCAUGCUGACACCCUCCGUGACCAAGAGGACGAAAUCUUCAAGCUGUGAUUGCUGCUGUAUCCCUCCUGCCUCUCCGGCCAUCCUUGGGUCGACCACCAUUAGUGAGAGCCCCCCCCGUCUGUGUCUGUCCCCCCCUUGCUGUCACCAACCAUAAGGGGACUGUCCCUCUGGAGGAGGGGUCAGGGAGGUGGCGGGUGGCCCUUCCAGUCACCCCGUAGAUGGGCAAUGAGGGGGGGGUCCCUGUGCUGUCAGAAGUGUUAGUCAUCGCGAUUGCUCGUCCAUCCAGAUUUGGAUUCUGAAUGGACUUUUCUGUGUCUUCUUUGUUCUGUGUCCUUGACUUCUGUGGUUCCCCCCCACCCCUCGCACCUUGGCCAGCUCCUUGAAAGUCCGGAUGAAAACCUGGAGCGGGUUCCGCUGCCCCACUGACAUUGCAAGCCACCACUGGGGUGGGGAACCCCCUCUCCAUCCCAAAAAUCGCCUUUGGGCUGGAGGAGUUGUGGGAUCCGCCUCCCCCAGAGGAAUUCCAGGAGAGGCUGACCAUUUGGCAAGGGGCGGGUGACACCUUUCGCUUGACUCAAUGGUGGAAUAAGCAAGCCGCUGUAGCACACCCCUCUUGGAUCUAAAGCCUUUUCUCUCUCUCUCUCUCUCUCUCCCCCCCCCACUUAGAUAGAUAAAUUUUAUUUCGAUCCAAGACCAGCAAAUCCUCCCCACUUUUGAUCUUGUUGUUGGGGCCUCUGGGGCUUCUUGUGCUGCCUACUCCUGUGAUUAAAACCAACUGGCAGUUUUUGCUGACUUGUCUCUGCUCGAUGUGCUUGGCCCGACUGCGUCUGUUCAUUUCCCCCACUCCCCUCUCUGUGGGGUUAUCUACUGUGGUAAGCGACAGCCUGAGUUUCCAGGGUGCCCAUGGCAAAUAAAUUCAUGCAUUGCCCCCACACACUCCUGUUGCAUCUCUGUGUGAUUACACCCUUCUGGUUUUGCCAGGGUGCAAUAGGGUUUCCCCCAAUGCAGAGGGUGCCCGCCACCUCUCUGCACGAGUCAAUGAUCUGAGCUAAAUUUUUUCCCCUUCAGUAGGAGGCACAUACAGACCAAUUAUUCAAAAAGAAGGGGUGGGGGUGGAAUAUGUGACAUGCAGGGUGGCUGUUUUUUUUUUAAACUCGCACUCUUUUUCAGAAGGGAGAACAUUUUCUGGAUGUAUGACAUUCCAGGACUCGGGGGGGGGUGCACUUCAUGCUGGGGUAUGUGCCAAAACUCCAUGUACAGGGUCAGUCUAUCUGAUGAGCUGGGGGCUGAAUUGCCACCAGUGUGGCCCACUCCUCAGCCGUUGCCCCCAUUCCAAAUUGGCCUCCCCCCAUUUCAAAAGUAGUUGUCGACCAGCACCCUGGGUUAGGGAUUGAGUAUGGGGUGGGUAGGAAUUUGGUCUGGUUCACAUUUUAAUGCAAACCCACCUAAUUCACAUUUCGUGAAAUGGUAGGCAAACUGAACUACAGCUGUCCUUCAGAAUUCACCCGUAAAGGUGGACCAAUGCAUUGACAUUAGACGAAAGCAUUCAUAAACGUGCACAUAUCUGUGAAAACGAUGGGCCAAACUGCAUUAUAUUGGGGAAAAUGGCUUGCAGAAAGAAAGAAAAAGUGUCAAUUUGGUAAAAUUGCUUGCAAAAAUGUGUAUUAUGAGGAGAGAUGCACACUAAAAUGUGGAUGAGUUUCCAUGAGGAGUUUUUUUUUAAUUGCACACUGAUCUGUGGAUAUGAAGAACUGAAUUUAAGCUUGGAAACAUGACACACUGAAAUUCAAAACUGAAAUCAACAGAUUUGCCCAUUCCCUGCCUUAGACAAGUGGAUUGGACCGGGUGAAUCUGCAGGAGAUUCUCAGGUUUGACGUGACAGGCUGUCACAAAGAAGCUAUAGGAACUUGUGCUUUGAA